AUGUCGGAACGACGGCUCCGCAGCAAGGACGAACGCACUGGGCUGGCCCGAGUGCUUGAUUUUGAGGCCCAGAACCCAUGGAUAUACAAGAAUAAACCCAUCAAAAUUUCGCGUGGUUCUACCGUCGCCAACCCUUACCGAUACCCCAUUGAAGAACUGCUGGCAACAGCGCCGGCACCCCGACCCCAGACGAUCACACCAGCCAAACUUGAGCCGCCUGAAGUCACCUACGAUCCAUUGACUGAUGGAAACUACGAGAAAUUUCACCGAAAGAUGAUGCUUUUCGAGAAGGUACGAAAUAAUGAGGACCGGCUGCGCAUGCUUAAUGAGUUCCUGAUUCUCGAGGAACAGCUCACUCAAUUGCUUCGAGAAGAUUGGGGGCGACACAUCCACGAUAUUGUCUACAUACAUAAUCGCUCCGAUGCCAAUGAGGUAGCGUUCAAGCGAGAUUUGGCCAUUAGAGAGGUGAUGCGCCUUCUCGGCAAGUUCUCCCACUGGAAGCACCGAAUGAGUCGUGUAACUAGUGAAGUAAAAACUGGUGAAGGGUGGCCAGGGAGUUUUAUUCAUGAUGAUAACUAUCAACGCAGUCGGGACGAAAUCAGAAGCUUACAAACGCGUCGCUGGGCGGAAGAAUUUGGUAGCCGGUUUCGCUUGGUGCUUGACAGGAAUCAUACGGUGAUUAUCGAUCCCGUUAAGCCUCCGGUGAUUGUUAAUCGAGCUGAUCAAGUCGUGGGACCAACGAAACGCCGAUUCCAUGAAUUUAGUUGGACUCCCUCACCAGCACCCGUGGCCACCCCUAAAACUAAACGCGUGAAAAUCCAUACUCCUAGUCGCCUGGUAAGAAAGAAAACAACAGUGGCGAGCACGCAGCUUGUGCUUACCAAUGGCACUACUCCAUUGGCGAUACUAUCGCGACCAGCUACAUACUUUGUCACUCUCCCGGUGUGUCUGCCAAUCCCGAUCAAAGAGCUCGCCAGUCCGAUAACUGGGUGGGAUUCAUUGAAAGUGUAUGCUUCCAGUUUUCUGCUUCCUCCAGCCGUCAACCAAUGGCGUCUUCAACACCAUAACGAUGGCAAAAAGAGUAUACUCCGAAGGAACCGGCUAGUCAAAAAAUAG